GCACCUCUCUGAGCUCUGUCUAUGGCCAAGGAACGCGCGCUCCCGUCGUCCGCGCGCGCCUCCCCCUCGGUCGACACAGUCAGCGGGUGUCGGCGUGAACGUCGCUGAGCUCUGAAUGGACACUAAUAGGGAAUGUAAUAUUCUUCUGCCGCUGCCCGCUUUCUUCUGUCAUUUAAUCUUCCCAACGGAAGCCGGGUGAGUUAAAAUUCAAGACACUGUUUACUCAUUGAGGGACAGGCUGUCAUGCAGUUUGUGGAUUCGUGGAGCGAAACUGGGAAGUAGUUUGCAGACCUGCGAUUCAUGUGGUAUUUGCACACGGGCUUUAAUUGAUGUGACAUAAUUUGUGUUGUCAUGUUAAUUGUUUUGUAAAAAUGGCUCUUAUCAUCGCUGUGUGUUUAUUCCAUAACCAUUUGUGUCCACUUUGUCUUUUCACUGAACAAGUAUAUGUUCAUGAAUAUUAAGAUAAAGUCGGGGCUGGAUGUCCCUAUUGACUUCAACACGGUGCAUCGGUACAAUUAUAUAUUUCUAAAUUCCUCAUUCUUGUGUCUGUGGAGUUGGUGAGAUUGGAUCUCUGUUAAUUUUUUAAUUUUUUACAUCAGAUUUAAAUUCGUGAUAACUGAACGUAAUGAUCAAGGCCGUUUUAAUUAUGUAAGAGAAACAAACAGAAAGAGAGGGAGCGAGAGAGGGAGCGAGGGAAGAAAACAAUUUCCUUCCAGAGGUACAGAGUGAUUUCUAUUGACUGAGGACUGCCAGAAUCUUUCCCAGCUUGGUUCACCAGGACGGAGUGAUGAAGAGAGGAUUUUUUCUCCCGGUGGUUGAUCUGAAAGCAAAUGCUCCCGAGUGGAUGUGUGUGCACUUGUGAACAUGCAGUUUUUCCACAUUUAGUGUCUACCCAAAAAGUACUUAACAUCUGGUGUAGACCUCAGUAAAAGUGAGCAAAAGCACUCUGAAGACCCCUGUAAUGCACCUGGGACUGUGUACUGCAACCAGUUGGUCCGGGUCAUCUUAUGGACAGUCAAACACACAACUUUAUAAAAAGUGUGAUCAUUCAGGAGAAUGUGUGUCACAGAAGUCAUACAAGACCGAAUUUGAGUAGCCGUCACUUCUUUUCAGAGAGUGUUGGUGAGAGAGAAUGGCUGUGAGGGAAUCACCGGAGUGAGUGACUUGCAGAAUUUGCAUCAACCUUUAACAAGAUAGUAUAUGUGCAAACAUCUGACUGUGGGCAUGAGUGUGCAUAAAAUCCUUCUGCCAGAUGAAAGCAUCAAACUGGAUUAUCCUCCAUAUCCAGGAUUAAGUAAAUUUUUAUUAAUUGUAGUCAAAUAGCAACAUGUUCUUGCUUUGCAUUGUGUCUGCACAUGGCAACUGGCUGAAAAGCAUAAGCCCCUUGGUGUGACAAUUAACUGCAGUUGCAGCUACAGUUAUGCAACCAAAGCGCAUGAAGAAGGAGGUAGGAAGGUUAUGGCUACAGUGCAGAUUAAAAAAAUGUAUGGAGAAAAAAAAAUACAAACUGAGAUUUUCUGCACAAAUGACCACAACCCCAAACUCCACACAAUCAAAGAAACAGCACCUCUUGCACGGGCACUCAACCCACAUAAUGUAUGUGGACAUAACUCUCAGGAUGCCAGGCUGGUUUAUUCAAGGCCACACUACAAAUCCCCCUGCAGUUAGCAGAUGGAAUUCAGUUUAUGUACAAUCAAGGCAACAAUUUGCUUUUCAGGAGGACAAAUCAUUCAACAAUUUGAAAUAUUGGGGGGGGGGGGGGGGGUCUAUGCUGUUGGCGGGAGGACCGCAUUACCUCUGCAGUUAAUUACAGUGGGGGAGUUCUCUUGAAAGGAAGAAAUAAUGGACGCUAGAGAGGAGUGGCAGAGUCGAACCAAGGACAUGUUGUGGCCACUGAUUAUACCCACCUUUUAAUAAUAUGGGAAUGCACUAAUCACAGGAUUGUACUAAUGAUGCUGAAACUGAAACUAGGGCCGCUGACCUGUUCAGGGUCCUAAUCUGAUAAUGGUGGACUUUUUGUUCAUUGCCAGUUAAAAAGUGAAGGUACCUUUGUUAUAUAUUAUUUUACAGUAUCCACGCAUGACCUCUAAAUGGAGACAAGGGUUUGGGUGCCAACACUUAUCUGUCAUUGGUAUUCAAGCCACAUUUUGAGGCAGUGGUAGAGGACAUGCAUACCAGUAGCCGUAGAACUGUGAAACGUCAAAUGGGCCUGACUCUUCUUACACUUAUUUGUAUUUAAGUGUUUAUAUAUAUUUCUUCUCAUCUGUGCUCUUUCUACAAGCACCUUAUUUCCUGUAAGGGAUCAUUAAACCUUGAUAUCUCCUAAAAUGAUAUAUUAAAUAACAGGUAAUUGCAAGGAAACUAUUUCUGCCUACCUGGCAGAGGGGCACUUUCUAGCCUAUAUCUUAUUGUUAUGCUAUGCUUUAUCUAUCUCUAUUUACAUAUCACUGAUCAUGCAUUGCUUUGCAUGUAUUUCUAUGGUAAAAUCAAUAUAUAUUAAAGGUAUAGCAACAUGAAGCAAUGACUACAAUUAAAACUGCAGCUAGAAAAUACAGGACCUCUUAGCAUUAGUAAAAGGAAAACAUAAAAAGUAAGGUACAGCAGUAAUAAAAGCUCUCCACUCCACAUAUUGUCCCAGAGUGCUUUACAGGAGUGCAGAGCCCAUUUUGAACAUGCACUGCUGAACUUAGAUUUGGUCACAAUCUGGAAGAGCUGCUUACAACAACGAAAAAUGUCCAAAUCACUUGAUCUGGUGUUUAACAGAUGUAGGACCAGAGCAGGUACAGGACCAAAGCAUUUAUUCAAAGGGAGCAGGUGAAUGUGAUUACGUUUGGUUUGCUGUCCCCUCACACACCAUCUUCACCUCAAUACCCAGAAGAGGCUGAAUACUCCAGACUGUCACCAAGCUCUACAGCAUGUAUAUUCACUUUCAAGUAUGUGCAGGACUAGACACACACACAGGCACGACCAAACACAGCAUAACGCUAUUAUUUUACUGUUCUCAUAAUAGCUACCUUUAAAUACUGACAUGGUGCCCAAAGAUAUUAAGAGAGGCUGAAUAUCCAUUAUGCAAGAAUGGACUUAUGACCAUGUGUUUUAGAUCAUUUCAACAGUGCCCAUACACUGUAUCAAAGUGGGUAUCACCAACCAGCAAGUCACAUCUGAAUGCUGACCACUGAUUUUAGGCCUUGAGUGUGACACUAUGGCUGAUACUCAGUGUAAUGGAGCCAGAAGAGACUGUAGAGUUGGUGAGGAGAGGUUAUCAAAUACUGGGUUUUCCUAAUUAAGUAAUGCUUACAAGAAGAGCUGCAUAAUAGGAGGACAUUUGAGGAGGAAUUACACUGUUUAAUUUUGCUGUAAAAAUAUGAAGUGCAGUUAAUUAUCACAAUAGUAAAAGUGUGUAUCAGCUAUUGGUCACAGUGUCUGUGUCUUAUCUGCUGUUCUUUCCAGAAUACCUUUGUUUUUAUCAGGUGCCUUCUGAAUCUGAAAUAAAUCAUGGGGCCUUUUUUUCACAACUGUACUGGCACAAAUUAAUCUGAUAAUAUCUGAUAGUUGGCUUGUGAGAAAGCAUUGGUACUUGACAUAAAGUUUUUUUUUUUUGUAAUUUAUCACUUUUGAUUUUUUUGCAAAUAUUGGCCUCCGUAAAGGAUUAAAAUCUGACUGUACAGCUGAAUUUACAAAUCCAGGUCACUUAAAUGAACAGUAAUUUGCUAAAGUAAUGUAAAAUCGUUUACUAUGUAAUGCACAAGCAAUAAUUUCUGCCUUUGUAGCGAUGUACUGAAACAUUCUCCUCAUAAAUGUUCUCUCGUUGUAGCAGACUGUAGUUGUUUGUUAAACUAAAGAUUGGUUGUUGAGUAUAUGGAACUGACCAUUUGAUGACUCGCAUAAUGGAUGGGAUGAUGUGGACUAUCAUGCCUAAGAACAACAAAGAGCUCAGAAGCCUUAUUUGCUGAACACAUUCACUUAAUACAUGCAAACAUCUGUGCUGGAAAUCUACCUGUAGCUAUUGUCAGACUGCAGAGCCACAGAAGCGCAGGAACAAACCUCUGCUCUCAUCAUGCCUCGUUCUUUCAUUUUUAUCCUGUCGUGCUGCAAUAUUGGGUUUGAAGUGCGUUAUGUUGCUGAAGCUCAUACAUAUACAUCAUACACACAUACACACAAAGCCAGUCUGCCAGUUGACAGUGAUGUCACCAAUGAACGAUUCUUUUACAGCCAAUGGCAGCACAGCCAGAGGAUGAUUUCCAACCACUGCACCCCCCAGCAUUUCUAUUGUGUGAGAUGUUAGAGGGGUAUGAAUAGGGGUACUACAUACCACACAACUAGCCACAGUAAUCAGGAACAUUUGUGUUGAAGCUAAGGACUUCAUGUUCUUUUUAUGUAGUAGAGAGUUUUACAUUAGCUGAACAUUUGGUGUUUUGAUGUGGAGGUCUGUAGUAACUGACCAACUUUUUCAGCCAACCACAAGUGGCCAUUCAAGAGCAAAUUUACACUUCUGAGCUGACUUUGUCAGACAUGGGUUUGGGGAGUCCCUGAUGUGGCACAUGGAAAGAGGCAGAUGUGCAACCAUUUCUGUUCCGGCUGUUUAAUCCUCCAUUUCUGCACGCAAAUGCUCAAUACCAUGAAUGCACAUGUGAAGCAAGUGAAUGUUAAUACAACUGCUUUUUAUUCAGGACAACUUUUUACUGGAUGCAGAGUGACAGGGUAACAAUGACCAGACUUUUCACUCAACACUGUUAGUUAGCACAAGGUGAUCUGACAAAAGGAGUUUAAUGUUUCCUGCCACAGCGCAGCCCUGAUGUUAUGAUGUGCGUGAGUGCUUCAGUCUGUAGUCCUCAAAAGCAGUGAAGCAACUACACACCAGUAUUAAAUCCUGUAUGUAGUCAUUUUGCUGUUUUACUGGUAGUCCCGCUUGUAGAGUUUCUCUGUCUAAAACAAUACUCCAACAGAAAACAUAUGUUGUUUUGCUAUUUUUUCUCCAGUACUGGGCAUGAGUGCACAACAUUACAGGACAAAAAUGUAGGUUCAAAAUACUUCUCACUGCCCAACGUCACCUUCAGAAAAUCCACUGUGAACACUAGUAAUAAAGUCCAUGUUAAGUAACAACCAAUCCUAACUGUUUCAUUUUACUGCAUAGGUCAUAAAGAGACAUCAGUAUAAAUGUCAGAUCUGGUCUUAAUCAGUUAAACUCCUCACAGUAUCUUAGUUCAUUUGGAUUUAAUGCAUUUCCUCAGACAACACCAGUCUUUACAACAUAUUUAGUAGUAUAGAUUUUUUUAUGUCCAUCUUCAGCUCUUAGCCAGCUGUUUGUGGCAAUAUAUUCCCCACCCAUCUAAUCUCUGUCUGCGUCUACAUCUGACUCUGCCACAGCCUCAGUUAUUGGAGGGUUACUGUGAUCUGACACUUUCUCUCUUCUCCUGUUUACACCAUGCCUGAAAGAGCAACUCCUUGCAAUGACCCACACAAGACUGUGAUGAUGUAAGAAGAAUAAACCAACCCAAAUGAUUUAAUUACAAUUGGAGCCAUAUUUCACCCAAGGUGGGCCCAAGGUAGCUGGGAACAGUUAAUUUUGGACUUUAGAAGCGCUUCAGAAAAAUAGGAUAACACUCUCCUCAGAAAAACAAAGAGGUGCCUCAUUGGAAGACACAGAUUGGCUCAGACAGUUUGUUGCCAUUUUACACUGAAGGGGUUAGAAAGAAAGUGAGAAAAACUCUCCGCCUUGGCUGAAUCACCUGUUAACAAGGGGACUGUGAGAUCACAGAGUGAACCGGAGGAAUGACUUACAACCUGUGACAGCAAAGUGGUAAAUAAAAUCAUGAUGAGAGGCCCGCUUUUCGGCACUGACUUUAUUGUAUCUAAACAAUAGUUUAACCAGCUUUAGCCUCUACUUGUAAUGUGCAGGUGCAGUGUGCUCAGCUGAAUUUGUUUUCUUUAGUUUGGUGGAUCUCAGUGGGGAAGCGAGUAUUUAUUGAUCCGAGGGAACACUUUGUUCAAAUAUUAGAAAGGCUUACAAUAUGUGUCUUUUUACAGGUAACCAAUACAGCUCAAUAGAUUUAAUUAGGCCUGCUGUUUGUCUGUUUUUUUGUUUGACUCAUGCCACUGUAAGGUGUUUGAGCUGAUGAUAAUACUAAGAAAUAUCCUCAUGUCCUUUGACUGAAAGAGGGUUUGUUUGUCUGUACUUACUCUUAAAUUACAGUUUGUCCUUUCCUGUGACAGAACUGUCUGUACCAUAUAACAUAAUUUCAUUAGGCCAAAAGCACUUUGUGAGGCUUUUAUGAUCCCACCACAUAAAUUAAAUUGACAAGACAAAAACUUGUUUUUUGGAAAUCUUGGCUUCGGCAGCUUUUAAGUUCCCCCCCUAAAAUCCUGCUCCAUGGCUCUUGAUGCAUUUAUAUUUGCCUACAGCUGCUAAGACAGUCUAGACAGCUAUCUGAUGCACAUCUCUUCACUGACAUGUGACAGAAGUGAGAGCGUCAGUCAGAAUUGGUUGGCAACAUCUUACCUAUUCAUGUUAGAAUAGGCCUUUUGAGCUCUCCCGUUUCCCCAGUGUCUGCAAGCACUUCCAUUUCUGAAAAUAACUGCAGAAAUGCUUGUCAGCUACCUUAAAAGGCCCUAAGACUUCAGGAAUCAAUGUUUAAUUAAUUGUCUAAAACCCAUGACAGAUGAAAAUUCAAAUUAGAGAUUCUCAUGCCAACAUGAGCUGCCAAAAGUAUGCAAAUGUGAGGCAGCUUUCACUGUUUUUUUUUUUGUUUUCAUGGAUCUUUGAAGACAUUUGAGAGUUCUUCAAAACCAAUAUCAUUGAACAGACGUACCAAUACCACCGCAGGGAAUCUGGCUUGUCGGUGAGUCUGUGUAAUGCAAGACACACACAUGCACGCACACACACACACACACACACACACACACACACACACACACACACACACACACACACACACACACACACACACACACACACACACACAUGGUAAAGGAAUAAAAGGCAGAUGUAUGGAGUACCUAUUUGCUUGCUGUCUUUUCUGCAGAGAUUGAUUUGACUUUGUAAAGGUGAACAACCACCCAGCACAGAAUCACCUGUGGGGUCAAAGUGCUUAUGGAAGGACCAUCUGUCAGCUGGGCACAUUUAAUAGAGUAGGCCAGUGAAAUGAUCUCUCCCUGUGGUCCCUUAUUGAUUCCUGAUGGGACAACAGUAAAAACACAGGUUCCCUCUAGAGUUCCCUCUUUACCAACAAAGGCCUUGAUGGUUAAAGUUAAACAUCAAUAUACUCUGACAGCUUUGGCAGUUAUUUCCCAUCAUGCAUUGAAACAGCAUGUCUAAUUGUGUCCAGAUCAAAAGAGGAGUCUGUAUCCUUCAGAAAUCAAAGGUUUGCCUUUGCUUCCUUCCAGCUUCCAACACUGCAGAUCAGUUGUCAAGACAUUUUUGUCAUGUCUCUAUUUUAGAAGACAAAAAUGUGCAACACCUUUUUACCCAACUGUUCCAGCCUGUAGAGUUGAUUACAGUAAGAGGAAAACAAGUUACAGACUGUGCCGGAUCACAGAGCGAUGUUCUCCAAAUAAACAUUGUGAUUAAAGUUAUUUGUGUAUCAUGAUGAAUUCUGCAUCUUUUUAGCCAUAGACAUUAAAGUACCAGUGCUGCUGCAAUCUGGUUUUGUUUUUACACCCAAAUGAAGCAUAUUAAGGGCCUGAUCUACUAAAGGUUUGCAUGUAUAAAAAUGUGCAAACUUGACAGUGCAAGCAAAGCUAAUAUACUAAGCGGAUACACCAAGGAUUGUGUCUGUCAAAUGAGCAAAACAACACAUGCAAUCCAUUUAGCCUGUUUGCCGUUAUGAAUCUGCAGUAUGUAUGCAAAUUAUCAGAACGAGCAAAAUACUGAGAGGAGCAGAUGCAAAUGUAAUCAUUUAGCAUCCGCAAAGUGAUUUAUCAAACCUCCAACUUAUUGCGGUCUUUGUUUUACAUCUAGAUUUAGCACGUUUGAAAGGCACGUGCAAACUGGCACAGUGUUUCGCACAAAUGGCUGCGGUCAUUGUGGGGAGAAGGAGGCAGAGCUGCAAUGGUAGGCGACAGAGAGCCUUCUGUCUGCAUGUAAACAUGUUUGGACUGUCAGAAAUAAAUAUACUAGAGUAACAGUAAUAGUAAUGCUGUUUUUCAACUGCUGGGUGACCUAAGGGCUGAUUUGGAGCCAGUUACAAAAAUAAACUAUGCCAUAUCUCCUAAAAACUCCUUGUAACACUGCAUUUUCCUGUGUCUGGAUCACUCUAGUGCAUCAUCGCAGUUAGUGCAUCUCCCAGAGUAGCUUUCCUGGUGUGCUGUCCCUAGUGUUGAGCAAGUAUGUCCCGUUUCUACACACUAAGGACACUGUAAAUGACACAAAACACAGCUUUUGUGCAGUUGCUGGCUUCUCUAAAAACAGUAGGUGCAACUCUAUAGCUUCAAACUAAAGAUGCAAUUUAGCGCUCGUUAUUUGGGAUCUAUUAGAUCAGGCCCUAAGUGUUUUUUCUUCUUUUCAUACACACACCACCCUUUUACUAAAAUUGUGACCCUACAGAUCAUUUACUGCCGGUGAGUUAUCACCAAUCCUAAAGUUGUAUUAGAUGCUUCUCAUCAACCUGCUUUCCCGUUGGGAAACUAUCUUAAUUAGGGAACAUUAAUGGUUUCUGCACGAGUACCUUGAUGUCCUGGAUUAAUUCUUUAAUUUGGUUCAACCACCACAGUCUAAAAUGUUGUAUUUUCGGUCAGCUGUCAUUUAUUUUCACAGGUGAAAACUAAUGUAAAUCUCCUGCAUCAUACAAGUUUUGAACAAGUAUUGAGAUCAUAAUGUAUCAGCAGUAGAGAGACAUACUGUGGGACUCUAUGGUACAUGAUGUGAGACUGUAUCUGCAGACUGUCCUGCAUUGCCCACCUUUCCUCCCAUUUUAUUGUCAAGGGUUAAAAUAGUUUUUCUCACCCUUUCUUUUUUGCCCAAUUAACUUGGUUCAUGUCACCCUCAUUGAUGUCAUUAGUGCAUGGCUGGGACUUAUGAAGCAGUGUUUUGGUGAGUCAGAAUGCUAGGGAAAUCUGAUUGGUAUUGUUAUUUAUUUGUUCAUUUCUUUCAUAUUUUUCAAUUAGAAUAUAAAUAUUUAGCCUUGGCCUGCCAUCAUGCCAACUUCUCCAUGAUUGUGUCACUAAAGUCAGGGCAGUGACAUGCUGAUAAAUCAGUCUUUUGUCCCAUCCCUUCCUGUGACCAUCCACACUGUCCCCUUCUCUGCUUUGACUUAAACAACAUAACCUGCCCCCUCUGUUUUUCACUUUAAUGAAGAUGUCCUUUAUAUGGUGUUGAGUGGACAGAUGCACAAUGCAUCACAAAAAUGCAGUUCUGGAAAACAUCAGCUUUUUUUGGGUAAGAUUUAGCAUCAGUCUCUAUACAGAUAUGCAGACAGCUUAUAAGUGCAAAUGGCACCAUGGCUGUGGAUGUUUUCUCCUGGUUAGGAUUCGUUUUAAUGUUUCUCAGUUUACAGGGAGUGUGAUGUAAAACUUUGAUUAAGAGGAGGUAUGAGGGUCCCACCAAAAGGUUAUGAUGUUGUCAUCACCAGACGAUGGACCAUUGGUUUGGAAAAUGCUCACAGUCAUGAUUAUUUCCCCCCUUUAAUCACCACAGUCUUGAAUAAUCAAAAAAAAAAAACACCAAGCACCAUCGUUUUUCUGGCAGAGCAUAUCUCAGUGCUGUAGCAGUCCAUUGACGACAGGUCCAAACAUUUAUCACAGGCUAAUGGUACAGUUUAUGUGCGUCCUUCUUAUUUGCAUUCAGACGGAGCUUUCUGGUGAUACUUACUGCUAAAAUAUCCUCAGAGUCGUGCUGUUAAGUGACUUGCUGUCUAGGGUACAACAUUUGUAGCUGCCAAAUAAAGAUACAGAAGGCUGAACUUCCUUCUUCUUUCACCAUUGGUGAAGACAUUAACUGACCAGUGGACUUAAUCUUCCUGAAAACUGAACUCAAAAAGAACUAAAAGAAAGGCUGUUUGUCAUUUUAGAAUCAGCAGCAGAACAAUAUAUAAAUCUCACACUCUGCCUACGUGCAGCAUAUUUCUCUAUGUAAAAUAUCCAACUCGGUACAGUUCACACAAAGGGCUCAUCUCAGAGCGCCUUCAUUAUUAGAUGUGGAGAUCUGUGAAAGCAGAAGCCUGAAAUCCCUCUUCUUUUAUUGAAUUCUGAGAUGAAAAGUUGGAGCGUAAAGACUGCUAUUUCUUUCUUUGUUUGACUCAAUGACUUAAAUGUUUGCCUAAGAGAUGCCAGUUUUGUUUUCCCAAACAAACGCUGAACUCUUACUUUUUAGAUGUGUGCAGAAAGUCAAAGACCAAAGCUGAAACAUCGGGUUAUUGCUUUAUGGAGUUGGGAUCCAGUCAGGACUCAGGGCACAUUGCAGCAAGUCCAGUUGAUACUGCAUAUAGCCAUACACCCAAAAAAGGAGUUCAAUGCUCUUCUAUAUAAAAAGCCUACAGGUUUGAACUCAAAUCUCCUGAGCAGCCAUGUCCAAUUUGGUCUUGAAACGUUCCCCUUUGGAGCUCCAUUCAGCUCAUUUUCAGCUGGGGGACUGCCACAAGUUCUGUGCUGGUUCAUGAGCUGUUCAUCAGUUAGUGUAGGUGAAACUGUUGAAUCAAUUCUGAAUAUGUGAUGAAUAAACAGCACUUGAUCUGAUGUUGCAAAAGUGAUGCUUCAUUUUGGGUCACUGAUUGAUUCCCAAACGUUAGAGUGCGUCAAAAAACAGAUAUGAUUGCUAACGCUUGUCUGUUGCUCAUCCCAGCAUGAUUUGCAAUGACCUUAACAUUUCAUCCCUGCAACUUUUGAAGCUGUUAACUUUGUGUGUGGGGGAGGGUUAGAGAUGCAGGCCAGAUAAUGGAUGUAUGAGUCUUUGUGUAUGAGGGAAUAAUUGAAUUUUCUAAGGACUUGCUACAGCAAACAUCAGGUCCUUUGACUUCUAGGGGAUACACUGUGUAACUAGUGAACACUUGUGGUUUUGGGGCUGAACUGAUUUUUUGUUGAGGAAAUUAAUCAUUUAUAUAUUAGUCACUAAAUGAUGGUAUAAAUUGUGCCCCACUGUGAAUCUCUUAAUCCUUAAAAUCAUUUUUAGGCUCACUCAUAUGUAGCACACAAUCAGUGCAUGGGUUUGGUAGAUUUAGGAUGACUUAGCAAGAAUUAUCUGUAAACUGACUGAGUCUUUCUUAAUCAGCAUUUAAAUCUCCUCUUGGGAAACGGUUUGUCAAUGUCUGUGUGCCUUAUGGGCAAAUAUGUACACUUUUCUGAUCCCUGCCUUUCCACCCUAAGGUGAUUUGUCUGCUGUCUUUGUUAAAUGUGAAAAAGUUGUGAAUUUUUAUUGUUGACAGUGUGAGGAAAGGCUCUUUCUUCAGUAUGAGAGAGCCAGUGCCUGGUCUUGUAGCUUUUUGCAGGGAUUUCAGGAAUAAGAAGUUACAGAAGAAACAAUGUUUUCUUGAUGUUGGUGGUCUCACCUGCUUUUGUGGAUCUAGUAUUUGCUUACAAAACAGGAACAUCCGUACCCCCCAUCCAGGUCUCCAGGCCCUCCUGUCCUUUUUUUUUUAAAGAAAAAGAUGAAACCCAGCUCUUUCAGGAACACUUUGGCUCUUAAAUGAAGCUCUUCUCCUCUGUAGCUCCCACUGGCAGAAUGAGUAUAAUCCACUACACCUGAUCCACAGAGUCCCAUUCUGCAAUUGGAAAGCCUUGGAUCUGGCACUUUUGUGAAUUGCCUUGCACUUGAUAUCAAUGCUGGUGAUGAUUAUGAUGAUGUUAUAUUUAGGUUAACCAGGAAUCUGAGCAAUUAAAAUGUGUUACUGUCCCUGUAGUAAAAUUAAAAAAAAAGCUCUGCCUAGAGCACUUUAUGACAGAACCAUGCCAACCAAUUGUAAAUAAAACUGAGGGUUAUGAAAAGGCCUUAUUCCAAAUUUAAUGUGGUCUAACAACCAAUAAAAAACUCCCCUCUGGGGCUUUCACUUGUUUGUCAUUUCCACAAUCAUUUAAAAGAUACUAUGCAGUCUAUAUACCUUUUAUAAUAUGGUCAAGUUCAGUCAUGUCUUUUAAUUCUGAUAAUUCCCAAAACAAUUCAACACAUGCUCAAAUAAUAAAGGUAAAUGAAGACAGAGAUAUUAAAUAUUACACUCUUUGUUGGUAUUGUAUACUGUAUAUGCAGACUUUGAACAAUAUUGGGUGAUAAAAUUAAUUAAGAAGUGUUGCAUGCUCCAGCUGUCUUCUUGUUUUUCACAAGUCUUGAAAGCAUACAAAUGAACUAAGUGGUAGAAGAAACUUUCACAGCCAUAAGUGAGGAAUGUAAAAAAAGUUGCUUCUUGGAGUAUAUAAAAUGGGAAACACACACAGUAGAAUAAACGCAUGCUAUUUAGAAAUGUUACAGUCAUUUGCAGAUUUUUUAAAUGAAAAAGAGAAAAAAGUUGUUUUGGUGAUUCUUCAUGUAAAAUCAGCUGUAACUUGGCUAACUAAUUCACUCUCUUGCAAGGAGGAUACAUAUAAAAUAACCAGACUAUGUUUAAAAUCUAUCGCUUGACCAACAAUGACCAUCUUACUGAGCACAUUUUUGAAAACAGUUCUUACAUUUUGUUGUUUUUCAUUGCUUAAUAACCAAGGCUGUCAGAGUAAAUGUGAUAAAUAUGGUGCGACGUAAUUUCAGCAGGUAACGGCAGUGCUGUUAUUGAGUGACAAAAUUGCUGCAGGGUUGAGGCUUAAAUCUUAGGGACGUCCUUGGACUGGCAUAUUGUGAUCAGCUGUAUGCUUUACUGUUAUUACCGUACUUUUGUGCAUAAAGCAGGGCUGGGCGAUAUGGGUAAAAGUUUAUCAGGAUAUAUUUUUUUCUCAUCAGUCAAUAUUGAUACACAUCACAAUAUAAAAAUGAAAUUUAACAGUGCUUAUUGGUAACAUGUCUUUUGCAAUACAAUAAACUACUGCAUCUGUAAGGUCUUUGUGUCUCUUCGACUUUUUGUCGUGACGCGUUGCUCUAGAGAAAGCAGACUGAAUGGUCGGCUGUUUCGGCUGCACAGGCGCCAUGGGUUCCUUGCUCCGCUCAGGGUUUGUAACCUUUUGCACUGUGCAUGCUCUGCUGCAUGGCACUGCUUCAGGGGGUGAAAAAGAUUUGAGGUAUUCCCCGACUUUGCGAGAAAAUAUACUCAACAUAAUUUACAGUGCACUUUACUCUGCUUCAUGUCUGAGCUCAAAAAUCUAAAAUACCUCCACACCACCGACGUUUUUGUGCCAGUGUUGUCGACCGUGUCAUCAACUGUUGAGCCUUCAUCUGCAUUUCUGCUGGGGGUAGCACUCAUUUUCUUUUUUUCUCACUGACAGUGCUGUCGGCUUCACAUGUUAAAGUUCUAUAUUUGCGUGUAGCUGCAGCCUGCUACUAAGCAGGUGUUUACUCAUUGGUUCUAAUUAAGCACAUGAUUGGUUCAGCGCAAAGUGGACCAGAGCAACUUCCCUUUUCAUUGGCUAUUCGUAUAGUCUACCAAAACAUGGCAGAAUGCCGACUAUUGAAAAGCAUGUUGACCAUGUUUUAUAUUGAUAUUGAGGGAAAUGAAUUUUCGAUGUAUAUCGUUAUCUUUGUCGCCCAGCCCUAGCAUAAAGGACCUGCAUGAAACAAGGAUAGCAACCAAACUGGAACCCCUGAAGAGUGCAAAUGCUAUCACAGCUGAUCAUAUAAUUGAGUGCCUAAACACUGCCAUUUCAAGGUGGAUAUUUACGCCUUUAUCAUGACUUGUCAGCAAUUUAGAGCUGUCAGUGCAAAAAAAGCGCUGUGUGUUCGGGCACGUCUGAGUUUGUGUGUGUGUGUGGAGCUUCCGCUGUGUGUUAACAAGCUAUGCCUUUGUUCUUCCCUAAUUAAUCUGAAUUAUACAAUAUUCAUUGUUUCGCAGUGAGAAUUAACCCAUCAGGUGUCAUUUCAGACCGAUGAUUCAAUAGAAAAUGGUGAAAUUACUGAAUUGUUUACUUUAUGAUGCAAAACAGGAGUAAAGAAAUUAUAGUGAGAGGACCUUUUUAUGAAAACUCUCUCUAAAUCCAGUCAUUUGCAGCAAGCACUGUCAAGCUCUCUAAUAAUUGUGCAGUUUCCUCACUCAAAAAGGACUGAGUAAGCUACCUGAAAAUCAAACAGGAUUUCACCCAACGCUUCAACUCCUUUUUACGCCAACGAGCAAUAAAUCAACAAACGAAAGCUAGGCAUUGCAUAAGACAAAAGAAUAAGCAUCACUGUCAUAUUAAAGGGAUAUUCCGGCAUAAAUUUAAGUUAUGGAUCAUUUCCAUGAAGUAAAUAAUCAGAAAUUUUCUGCUGCACUCGGCGAUCAACUUGUCAAGGCCCCUCCCUACAAACAAGCGGCCGGUGGAGGAAAAUGGGUUAGUUGUGUUCAGACUGCUAAAGAAACCAGGCAAAGUUGAAAAGAUGUUUGAUGGCUAGACUAUGGCUGGGACCGUAUAUCCACUGUUGAUUAAGUUAGGUGCUGUUCUGAGCAUUAUUUGUGGCUAUAGAGUGGCUUUUUGGUUGAGGUUUGUACUUGGAUCCAUAGACCGCUGUGUAUUGCUAUCGUGCGGUCGUCGCUAAAGUUAGUAUAUCAAGACAAGCAAGCGGUCAGCAACAUUCAUCUCUCGAGGGGGUGUCUAAUUACGGUGUGUUUGACCAUGAAUUUACACGGAAAUAUCUCUUUAAGCACUUUUUUCCAAUACAACUGAGGUUAUUUGAAUUUUUAACUUUCGAACUUGCAUAUUAACAAUUUACCGUAGCCCCACAAUACAAUUGCCCCUUUUUAACCACAAGCCAUCACACUGCCUAUACAUCCCAUAAAAAGAAUCCUAAUGUGCCACACCCCUAUAAACUCAGAGUUUUAACACAUUGCUUAUGCAGGGUAGGCCUCAAAGCAAACAGCAAACAAACCAUUAAUCAAUCAAUCAAUCAACUGAUCCACGCACCACUGCGUGCCUGUGUGUGCCAAAAGUCCAUAAAAAUGAAGACUGAUGUUGUCAUGUCCAUGUAAACACAAUGUUUGCUUGGGCCCUGAGCCAGCACCGCAGCACAGACACUCCUGAAGCAAAUCAAAGUCUUUAAAGUUUAGUGCACUGACCAGCUGCCUCCUCAGACUCCUAAUAUGCCAGUCUGCCCAGUUUUUCAGCUGUUCAGACGCUGGGUCUGAAUAAUAAUGCAUUUUAUUUAUAGGCACUUUUCUUGACACUUGAGAUCACCUUACAUCAUUAAAACGAACCAAAAUUAAAUAACAAACAAUAAUACAUACAAUUUAAAAGAUUGAAAGAAUGGACAGUGGAGUUGUGGUCAGACAGAGUAAACCAGUUUAAGAUGGUGAGUUUUGAGUUUGUAUUUAAAAUGUGGGAGUGAGUCAGUAUUACAGAGGUCAGGUGGGAGAGAGCAGCUGAAGGUUCUGCUUCCCAUUGUAACAUAGUGAGCAGGGGGGCGCUCUUCUGCAGCAUUGCCUCUCGCUUCCCGAAGGCCGUACCGAAGGCCCAUGCAUGACUCCAGCCCAUGCAUGACUCCAGCUCUCCAGCUUGCCACAGACUGUUUUGGUAUAGUCACUAUUGAGCUGAGCCAAAGGCUAAUGGACCGGGGAUUGUUCUCGGACUCAAUACCUGCUGAAAUUAUUUAAUUUGAAAGGCUGUAAUCUCAACACCUGAUAAUAUAAUUUAGUUUGUAAUUUGUGAAAUAGUCAACCCCUGGAGCUACGAUAGAGUCAUUCUCAAGUAUAUUUGAAAGCUGCACACUGCUGCACUCAAAGCCUUUUCCCUCACCUAGCAGGUUUUAAUCACUCAUCUGUUUCAACUGUGGAGAGCAUGCAGCUGUUGUUAGCAGCAUAUAAAAAGGAAAUUCAGUAAUUGCAUUAACCUUUUCAAAAGCUUUUUAAUACCCUCUGUGAACAUGUUACUAAUACAUGCUACACUGAGACAAUCCUUUCACGUAGAGCCCCCUUUCCUUUUUUCACACCCAUCUAUAGUAUGUGUGGAGGUAUACACAGAGAGCCAAGAAAUUGCUUACUUUCUUUUUUAUUGCCUUAUUCCUAUUCUACAUUAGUACAUUUUGCAACAUCACUGUUAUUAGAACAUUUCUUAGCAGAAUGAGGCUGGGACUUCAGCCAGGAUAACCUUGAUCUGCACCAACCAACUUCAAGGAGACUUGCUGAAAGAUGGGCCUGUUUCCAAGCAAACUCUGCUGCAGCAUAGAGAAAAAUAUUCCAGCCAUAGUUCUGUGACAAACUUAUCACAUAACAAUGAAGUGGAGAACAAGGGCUGUUUCUUAAGUGGUCCUGAUGGUGCAUUCAAGGACACCCUGACUUAUGGGACAUCAGGGCUUGGUGUUGAUCUGCAUUCGUUUUAAUAAAAAGAAACAUCACUUGCCCUCUUAGUGAUGGUGUUUGUUUGAUGUCAUGGCAGAACAAGGUUGUUGUAGUUUUUAUAAAAGGGGACUCACCAUUAAAGGGCAAUGACAGUUGCAUUUGCUGCAUGAACAAUGGUGGACCUCCCAUCAGUUUAGCCAUUUGCUUCAUUGCCUCCACAUAGUCCAUUUACACUGAGGUGCACUCAUUACAGGUCUUGUGGAACAUUGGCAGAGGAUAUUAGCUCCUGCUGGUUUGGGAACUAUGCAUGAGGUGCACUUAAUUCAUGUGCUUGAUUAGAUUAGUAUGAAGGCUCAUUUUCAUUAUCGCUCUGCUGCACUUGUAAUUUUGAAAUGACUUUAAAUGUUUACAUACAGGUAUCAGAACUUAUGUUUGCAUAGGCUGAUGUAAACCCAAUAAAACCUGUAUGUGUGUGUUAGUGAUGACAGAUGGUUAAUUUUUCAAGCACAAUUUUUCAUCAUUUUAGAUGCAUGAUUGAACUCCACUAUUUUUCCUAUUAAAACAGUAGUAAAGUCCAUAUUGGCAAUGUAAAGCAUUUCUUCUUGACUUUUAGAGUAAUCCGUAAAGUAAAUGCUGCACAGCUGCGCCACAGUGCUCUGAAACCGUGAGUUGGAUGUAUGGGACACCCCUGCAGGGCUUAUUCUGUAUAAUUUAGUGUUUAUCUUCAUGAAUUUUUGAAAGACACUUUAUAAGAAAACACAAGAAAUGUGCAGGAGUAUACGCACAACAAUGUAGACUCAUCCACAGGUCGGUGGUGAAUAGCACGCUCCAAGAUUGAGCUGGCUUUUGUGAUACAGUUGCCCACUGACAUCCUACACCUGCAUUUUAAGCUCAUGGGUGGUAGCUCAAACUCAAAAGUAGUGUAGUGAUAAUUUGAUUCCAUUUGACACAAAGUGCAAAUUACUUCUGACAUGUCAACUGAGCCAUCUGGGAGUUUUUGAGAGUGAAAAGUGCCACAACUCAAAAGUACAGUGGUGUUGUCAUUUAUCCCACAGCAGCAGCAGCAGGAAGAGGCUGGCUGCUGCAGCAGCUGAAAAGGAUAAAGUAGCAUGCAAUUAAUGUAAAAUAACACAUUCAUUUUGGACCUUAAUUGCAUCUCAAUUACUGUGUUCCCGCUGACAGCCCAUAUGCAAAGAUUUCAUUUUGAACAAAUAUGUUACACAUGAUAUGAAUGUGCAGAGAUAAUUUCAGAGAAGAUGCUCGGUGUCUGCAGCUGUACUUACUCCAGGUUAACUUGACUUUUUCUCUCAUAUCAGAGCAGUACAUGACUAUUAACCUCUAUUUACAAAUUCUACAUAAUCGUGUCAGAGUGGGUUCUGCAUCCAGCACAUGUUCUGGUAUCUAUUCAGUAUGUUUGUAGCUUCAGCAGUGUUGACCAAUCACAUUUCAGCACGCUUUGGUGAGCACAGAGGACAUUAUCUGUAAGAGUGGAAAUGAUUAAUCCAACAAACAUCCUUUUAAAAAGCUGUUCUUUAUUCCUUUGGGGGACAGACCGGACAAGGUUUGCAGUUUUACUCUUUAUAAGUCUUUAAUAUGAGGUUAUAGCUGCAAAGCUAGACUCCCCAAGUGUCUUUCAGUCGAGUCAAACAACAAUUGAUUGGCUCAGUUUUGCAGAUUGUUUUAUAUCAUUUUAAUAUUUCAGUUUCAUUAUCCAAAGAUGAUAGUGUGCAGCUAAACCUACGUACAUGUAUAGGGGUAGAAAAGGCCCUCAAAGAAAUUGAUGUAGAUCACACAACCUUAUCUACGAGCCAAUUCCGCUAUGCUUUUAAUUUACAGUAUCAGUAAUUUGUACAUUAAACAGCUCUAACCAUGGUUUUGCUGAAUUACUCAUAGAAAAAAAAUGGCUACAUCACAUCAAAUCUCAAGAGAACAAAUGAGAUUCACAGGUAAGCCUGAAUGUUAAACAGCUGCGCACACAAAUGUGCAUCUCAUGCUCAUACUUAAUCCUUGCAGGCACUUAUAGAGCACUUGCUUUUUCUGCUCCUGAAUGCAACAUUGCAGUCUGUGAGGAGAAUACUGUAUUUUCAGCUCGUGCAUAAAUGGAUGAAUGGGUUACUGGCUUACUGGCCUUUCUGCUUGUGAAACUUUGUUAACUUGCAAGAAGUUGUUGGUUACACAGUCACAGUAGUGUCCCUGACACUGAGUGGGUACAGUAAUACAGUCCUUUCUUUUAUGAUUGAUCCCUUUCUGUUGACCAAAGCAACCGCAAUCUAACAUAACGUGAGGUAAAGCACAAACUAAGAGACUCUGGUGUAUUAAAGACUGUUAAAAACACAGUGUGUGGUGUCUGUUUAUGAUACCACACAAUGGGGUAGAUAUGUUACAAAAAACAAAUGGUAAUUUUUCUACAAUUUCAAAGACGCCAGUAAUUCAGGAGGAAGAGCGAUCCUCCACUAACUGGAAGGUUGGCGGUUCAAUCCCUAGUCUGUCUGUUGUGUUUGUGGGCAAGACACUUAACCCACUAUGAUUGUGAGUGAUGUUUGGUGCUGGUGGGAGUGACAGUAGGCACAAAUUUGCAGCAUCGUUUCCGUCAGUCUGCCCCAGGGCAUUUGUGACUACUAAGAUAGUUUACCACCACCAAGGUGUGACUGUGUGAGCGAAUGAAUGAUGUAUUCAUUCAAAACGCUUUGAGGUCACAGAUGAAAAGCGCUAUAAGAAUUUGAUGCAGUAUUAUUAUUAUUAUUAUUUUUAUUAUUAUUAUUAUUAUUUUUAUUAUUAUUAUUAUUAUUAUUAUUUUUAUUAUUAUUAUUUUUAUUAUUUUUAUUUUUAUUAUUUUUAUUAUUUUUAUUAUUAUUAUUAUUAUUAUUAUUAUUAUUAUUAUUAUUAUUAUUUUUAUUAUUAUUAUUAUUAUUAUUCAAAGACAUGAGAGAAAUGUGCAAACCAAAUUUAAGAGUCAGACCGAUAAAGUCAAGAGGCUUUUCUUGCACAAUCAGUUUUUCAGGAAGGCACAACAGGCAGUACCUCCAUUAACCAUUAAUAUUUUGCUGCUGCUAAAAUAUCUCAGAGGAGUUAGCUGUCCUGCCAUCUGCAGUUACAUAUUAUUUGCAUAUAAACAUAAUUUCAAGAGGGAAAUGACUGCUACAUUUCAGUAAUAAGAUCUGACCUUUGUGUUUUUCAGCCCUGGACUGCAGAGAGAGCAGCUGGCCUGUUAACAAAUACGCUAGUCUGGCAAGUAAAGAUCCAGAUAUUUUCUUUGCAGGAGUGAGGGGAUAAAAAAAGAACUGAAAGGAAAGGAAAGUGGUUAUCACACCUCAGUCAGCAACUGGACAGAACUCUAAAUGAGUGAUAAACUGAUAAUGUGUGUGUAUAGGCAGCUGCUGAUUACUGGCUGCUGUGUAUCUGGCAGCUUGUGUUGAUGUUUCUCAGUGUGAAGGGGCUGUGCAAUUUAGACAGGCAAAAUAGCGUUAUCAUAUUUUUGGCUGAUGCUAUUUUCCUGUGGUGCUUUCUCUUGGCUUCCUCUGAAGCUGACUUACAAUUCUGUGACCACCAAGAUUUCAACUCUUAACAGCAUCAUUUGUGACCCUGGAGACCGUGAUGUUAGGGUGUCAGGACAUUUAUCAUAUCAUACUACACUGAUUGUAAAGUACUAGUAGUGAUUAACUUUCACGGACUCAAACAGACCCUUAAAGGGAUUUAAGUUGUUUUUAAGUUUAAAUUUAAGUUAUGGCCAAACACACUGUAACAUCGAGUUAGACACCCCCUCGAGAGACGAAUGUUGCAGACUGCUUUCUCCUGUAAUUAUACCAACUUUAGUAAUGACCACAUGAUAGCUAAACACAGCAGUCGAUGGCUCCAUGUGCAAACCUAAACCAAAAAGACUCUCUAUAGCCACAAAUAAUGCUCAGAACAGCACUUAACUUCAUCAACAGCACAUAUAGGGUCCCAGCCAUAGCACUACCCAUCAAACAUCUUUUUAGCUUUGCCUGGUUUCUUUAGCAAAGAGACUAAACACAACUCACCUACUCCCCUCCAGCAGCUGUUUGUUUGUGGGGGAGCCCUGACGAGUCGAUCACAGAGUGCAGCAGAUCAUUUCCAUGAAGUAAUAAGAAAUUUUCUGUUGCAGUCUGCAGUUGGCAACAUCAAGGGGGUGUCUUACUCGAUGUCACAGUAUGUUUGUCCAUAACUUAAAUUUAUGCUGGAAUAUCCCUUUAAUGAAUUUAAAGCGAGGCAACACUUCUGUUCUUUUCUGGUAGGUAUUGUAGUUGAACAUGUGAAUCCUCUAAAAGUUACAUCCUCUCAUGACCCUAAAUGUAGGUCUCUGGAUUAUUGAUUUAGUGAUUUAAAGGUUGUUACUGAUAGUAUGACAAGUUUUUCCCCCAUCCGAAAUUUGUGGGUUUUUCUGCAGUAAUGCUCCCCUGAUGUUACCGUAUCUGGAAGUGUUUCCUUCUUAUGUGAAAAUACUGUUAUUAGUGUGGGGCCUGAAUCCCAGACAGGGGAAGUGUAAAAUGUUGGUCCUUCUGGAAAAAUGAAAGGAAAUAAAAACAUUACCUUAAGCUGCGUUUGUUGAAAGAAGCACGGCACACACUCUAUAGUCCUUUACAGACACACACUUUCUAGUUUAAGUUUUUUUUGUUUUGUUUUUUUUCUGCUCUAACUCUGUUAUAAUUUACUUUUAAGUUGCUCACUUCAGAUUUGUACUUUUUCACUAAACUUCUAUAGCUCACUGUCUGUUCUCUGUUCACUUCAGAUUCUGAUUUAUACUUCUCCACUGAACUAAACCCGAAAAACACAGGAUCCGUGUUGAGCGCGUGUCUCUGCUUCAUCAAGCAGUGCUGUCUUAAUUUGAGAGUUUUUUUUGGAUUUACUUUUGUGGUGGCUUGUUUGUACAUUUUGCUACCGCAACUUUGACACUGUGGGUAAGACUAUAAGUGGGUUAGGUCGGUAAGUAUUCGGCUUUGCUUGCCUCCGCCGAGUGACGCUGCCACAUGUCUUUAAAUUAUAAUUGUGGAACGAUUAUUACAGUACCUUACGAUUUCAUCAUCGUGGCCGUUUAAUAUCGCAUAUCGCGAUUAAAUCAUAUAUCAGCACAUCCCUAGUCAGGAGUGUUUUAUUUUGAAAUUGAUUGGAUGACAUGCGUGGUUACCGUGCUUUACAUCCUGUCUAGAACGAUCUCUGUGUAGAUAGAGGUGUGUUGGAAGGAAAGAGUAGCAAAAAUACACUUGGUUCGUAUCUUCAACAGAGCCAUGCUCGAUAUGCUUCUGAGUUGAGAUACGUCCUGUUUUUGACGCUGCAUUGAUUAGAAUGAGAACCUAUUUGCUGCGUGAUGUGCACGCUCAACAUGGAUCCUGUAUGUUUUAGGCUUAAUGCAACUUAAUGAAUGUUUUCAUUUACUUACAGAUUGUUGUCAUUUAAUCAGAACAGUGUGACAUUUGGCUUGAUACACAGGAACCUGAUUAGCCACAAGGCUCACUUUAUUCUGCUUGACAGGUCUGCUGCAGUAGUUACAAGCCUCAAGGUCACAUAUGUCAUAGAAAAUUUUAGUAAGACCACAUGAACAGUGGUUAGCCUGUUCACGUCAGAGAUAACUGGCCAAUGACACUUGGUUGCCUGUUACGUCCAGCUUCUGUCCUGGGCAACCCCUGCCAAAGAAGGUAGAGAAGGUAAAGAAGGUAAAUGACCACUAGGUGUGACCGAAAUCCUAGUGCUGUGUCAUUCCAAGUCCAGCGCUGUAUUACUCUAGCUGUGACCAUAAUAAAAGGUUUAUCUGAGACCUUAAGGAGCAGUCAACUAUAGAACUGAUUCUUACAGUGCUCAUAGUAAUUAGUAAAAAAUGUGUUUGUACCUUUCCGUUGUGGAAGUAUUCCAUUAUAUUUGACAGAGUUUUAACAGAGUUAAUUUUCAUUUCACAGAAGAAACUUUUUUCAUUUCAAGGUGCAUUGACAGUUAAUUUCUUAAGAACAAUGACAACAACUUCCAAUUCUCACCAAGCUGCUGUGCAAAAAAGACACUGAGGAUGCAUCAGUAAUGUUACUUUAUGCUUAAUAUAUCUUUAACAUGUAUGAGGACAUGUAAAAGGAUUUGGAUGCAGCAAAGGAGAUGUCAACACUUCAAGAAGAGUGGAGAGGCUUGUGAUCUAACCACAGACUUUCCAAUCAGAAGACAAGGUGCUGUACCGCUAAUCCACAGCUGCCAAUAGCUAAUACAAAAGUCUGAGUGCCUCUAAGAUAAGAUAAACCUGUAGUUGGGAAAUCUGCAGUAUGAACAGCAGCAUAGCAGACAAAGACAGAGAUGAACACAUAGCACAUGAAGUAAGAUAAUUACAACAAAGUGAAAGCUUUAGUGAGUUUUUUGACAAUUAUCAAACAGACUAAAAUUCAUAUUGAUAAGGGUUGGGUAUCUUUUGAUUUUGAGCGAUUCUGAUUCCAAUUCCAAUUCCGAUUCCUCGUUUGGAUUCCGGUUGCUAUCGAUUCUCUAUUCCGAUUCUUUAAAAGGCAGGAUAUUUAAAAAAAAUGCAUGGUUUAAAUGAGGGUGCUAACCAGAGCUCUACUUUUUGGAUAAAAUUUCUGAACUUCCUCAUGAAUUUUUAAAUUAUAUUAACUUUUUAAGAACUUUACUAUGAAUUUCUCACAGGUCUAUUUUCAACCAGUAUAUAAAUAUCAAUUUUUGUUUUCAGGUCGUUUGUCUAUGAAAAAGUACAAGGCCUAACAUUAGUUGGAUAUUUAAGUUGACCCACCGUACACUUUACAAUUUGUUUGCCGUUUCAAUGUUAGCAGAGGACAGAAGUAAUUUAUUGUUUCACUGAUCUGAUCCUGACUGGUUAGCGGAAGACCAGCUAACCAUGUCAAAGACGGGCACUCAGGUAUUUCUCCUCCAUGAAUCCUGAGGUGUUUAAUCAUGUUGGUCGUUUACCCUCCUUUGCAUGAUAUAACUGUGUUGCUAAUGUUGCACUGAGAGAAGAGUUCAUUCUUCCUGCUCAAGUCAGCCAAACUUUUGACCGCUGCCACUGUGGGUUGCAAUGCACUCUCUCUCUCUGUCUCUCUUCUUUCUCUCUCUCUGUGGCUUCGUCUCAUACGCUUCGUCCUCAUUGGUGUUCGGCGACUUCAUCUUCGUUGGUGUUUAGCGGCGUCUUCCUCGUUAGUGUUUGGCGGCUAUUUCUUCCGGUCGGCUGACUCCGGCAUCGAAACUUGGAAUCGAAAUUUUAAAAUUUGAACGAUUCCGGGAGAAUCGAAAUGUUAGUCCUGGUCCCCAUCAAUGCUCGAGACUUGAUGUCCAACCCUAAUAUUGAUGCCUUUUUAUAAUAUGCAAAAACAAAAAAUGAUUAUCAGUUAUGAGACUGAUGAUAUUAAUUUUAAAAUAUUAAGUUACAAACCAGUGCAGGGGGGUAGGUGUCAGCUAAGCAGCUGAAUAAACUACCUUUUUUUUACUAAUUCUUACACAAAUAUUCACAGUAAAUGAUAUAUUUGACUGUAAAAAGUCAACAGGAUGAGGUCUUUUGUCAAAAGUCAGGACUCCAGCAUGUAGCAUUCGAAGUAAGUAAAGACCUCUUGACCACAAGGGGCACCAAAGUUGACAUAAACCAAAGGUUCCUCAUGAGGGCUUUAAUUCUGAAAAAUAAAAAAAGGUUCAGUUGAGUUGGAAAGUUUGAUCCUCAAGAGCUUCCCCCCUUCUUCCUCUCCCUUAGACUUUGAAGUUGUCCUUGUAUUUUUUUUUCUUUUUUUUUUUUUUUGGAACAGGUAAUCAUCAUUCCAUAAUGAAAGGGGGUGCACUCUAAGUAAUAACAAAUACUCUCUUGACAAGAGUAUGCUAUUCAGGUGCUUGUGUUAAAUUUGCUCAUAACCUUCGAGACGUUUGCUCUGUCUUUUAAUUUUUGCAAUCUAAAGUGAACAUGCUCACGUGAAGAGAAAUAACCCUGCUCUGUACUUUGUCUGAAUAUAUCAGAGACUCAAAUCAGGUAUUAGGGAGGAGAUUUGCUCACAGUUAUUCUCCAGCCUUAUUUCUCUAAAUCACAUCACUUAUUUAAAGUCUGCUUCUCCCAUUGCAGCUCAGAACUGUUCUUUAUAAACCUUUAAACCUUAAAAAGAGGAAUUGCUUUCCUCCUCAAUCAAUAUCAUAAUGGCCCUUUUUGAUAGAGAAAUAGAUUAAACAAGUUCUUUCACCCAAUAGAAAUCUGUUAGGAUGAUUGCGCUUUCUUGAAGAAGAAGUGAGCACAUGACUGAGCUUUGUCACAUUGAAUAGGGGGAUGGCAGCGGUGGGGUGGAAACAGAGAAUUUGUUGGCUGGGUGAGUGUACCUUUUUUCUUGCUUGAGCCCUGCCUUUGGGGAUGUUUUUGCAUCUCUGAGUGCAAAUCUCAAAGGAAGAAAAUACUUUUCAAGGACCCUCCAAAUGUCUCAAACCCCUAAAUGAUGGGUGGAUAAGGACACAGAGAUGAUUCAGGGACCAUGGAGGUUGUUUCAUCAUAACACUCGGUAACAUGGUCAUUUAUUGCAGUUUUUCAUCCCUACAAUAUCAGCACCUCCCAAAUUAUGGUUCAGAGUGUAAAAAGCAAGAGGAAUACAAAGUAAAGACUGACCAGCUUUAUGUUUGCUGAAGUAAGAUUGUUUUGUACCUUGAUUCAAAAUUCUGAAAUGGAUUUCUGUAGGUUUGUGAAUUAAGUGAGGAUGUUAGAAUUCUUCAGGCUUUAAUGGACAUGAACAGUGGAUCAUUUUGUUAUAAGGUGACUAGUUUGAUGCCUAUCUUUCAAACUUGACCCCAAAUAAGACAUGAAAUCAGUCAUAGGGCUCUAUUUUCGUGCCUCGCCGGAGACGUGCCGCCUGGUUGCUGUUCUGUGCGCGUGCAGCUGUUCACACAUAAAGCGUUUUCUGCUGCGCUUUGCCGGUCAGACAUCGACUGGCAGUGCUCGGCUGUUUCCAUCUGCCCUCAGUUUUCGAGCGCUUUAAACAUGGGUAAGUCAAUAUUUAUCUAUGAUUUUAUUACGUCAUACAUAAAUUAAAUAUUGACAGCAUCUUCAAGUAUUGUUUUAAAUUAUUAUAUAGGGUUAAACAAUGAAUGAAUUGGGGAGUCUGUUGACUCCAUUGUAUGUGUAGCCUUGUUAGCUCGAGGCUAUCGAUUGUAAUAAAGUGUCUAAACGUACUAAUUUAUUUGGUUUUGUAGUGUGUGUGUGUGUGUGUUUGUGUGCGUGCAUGCGUGUUCAUCGGGAAAAAAUAGAUCGACAAGCAAAACCAUAAAUCCUUUUUUUCUACUUUAUUGAAUUUUUUUUUUAUUUUGAAAAAUUGGCCGGAUUCUCGAAUUGGCCGGAGACUUCCUGUCUGGUCCGAUCUGCUCUGUCAUGCUUUACAAUUAGCGCAUGCGGCUAGCGCAAAAAAUAGAGAGAAGCGGAGCGCGCGCGGGGGAGCACUGAGUGGGUUAGAACAGCCGAGACCUGUAUUGACCAAUAACAUCAGCUCCUCUCCUCGCCUUGAAAUCCGCCACCGGCGAGGCCUAUUACAAUUUUCGUGAAGUAGUCUAAGAGAUCAAGAGAUGUCUGAAGACAGAAGGCAGCCCCUCAACAAGUGUCACUGUAAGAACUGCAGAGGACGUCCUUCACAACAUAAGAUCACAACAUAAAAUCCCAAAAUGGCAUUGAAAUCGGAACCAUCUGUGCGUAUCGCGCUCUGUGGCCUGGCUCUUUCUUUCUUAGAUGUUGGCAUAUAAAAUAAAUUUGGCUCACAAAACUGAAUACUAUAAUAUUCGGAUGUAGGGUUAAAGUAAAAAACUCAUCUGAUCACUGAAACAAAUCAUCAGUUCAGCCGCAGGAUGGGGAGAGGACACGGAGACAUGUCCAGGUCCAGCUGCGCAAGAAAUAAGAGGAAGAGGAAGAAAGAAAAGGAGGGAGACGAAUUACAUAUCUUGUUAACUUCAUAUGUGUCUAUUUACUAGAUAUUUAAUUUAAUAAUUUAAUGCAGUUUCAGCUGUGUUGAUUCUGUCAGGUUGUGUGUCCAAACGCGUGCCAAAUGCGCUCAUCAGAUCAGAUAUAGAUCGGAAUAUAUCUAUAUAGAUCUAAAUGUAUGUGCUGACUCAGAUUAUUAGUUGUUAGCCUCACCGGUGAACACGAAAAUAGAGCCCAUAGUGCUUAGGGAUUCAAUCAAGUGAUGUAAAGCCUUCAUUGAGUCUGAAUAAAAGUAUUGACAAAAGUCCAAACUCUGUUAUUUUAGUUCAUUGUUUCAUUGGCCUUUUAAACCUUUCCUGCUGAUCCACAUCCGUGUAUUCCUCAGUAAUGAUUGUGUACCUGCUUGGGAGGAUGUUUGAAAUAAUAUAAUAAGAGUUGUUAAUCAUCUCUACAAUCUCAGCCACGUAUGACAUCAAUUUUGCCAGUCACUGAAACCAGCAGAGUUGGAACGGCAGCAGGGAAGUUCCUCCACUGUUAUAAUCAUGUUGUAAUUAGGCUGAGACUUGUACUCAUUAUUUAUUGAAGAACCAAUCCCAUUAAUUAUGACUUACUUACUUUGUAGGAAUCAUGCCAACCCUGAGCUUUCCUUUGUGUCUUGUUCAAAAUUGUCUGACAGGAGGCAAUUGUACCCCAGACAGGGGAAAUAUUACCUCCUUAUUGAGGCUUGAUACAAGUCUUUUCAGAUCUCCCAGUGUGCUUCUGCAGCACAACUGGGCAAAAACUAAUCUCAGCCUGUAUAGCAGGGAUUGAGGCAUUGUCCCCAAGCACAAAUUUGCUGUUCUGUUUUGCAUCUGCAUGCGCUUUUACAGGAUGCUGUGCAGCUCUCCUGCUAUGGAUAUGAGAUUCUGUCGGUCUUGGACUAUACUCACAUCACAUUGUUUAAGAAUGUGUGUGUUUUUUAGCCUGAAGUAAAAAGUCUUCUCAUUCAUCAUCUUUUACAGAUUGUCCUUUAGCGAUCUUAAUUGUCACACUCUGAGUUGAAAGCAGCACAGCAUUGGCUCAAGAUUUCAGUUUCUGUACAUUUCACUGGAGGUUCCUGUGCCAUCUCAAAACUUAAAGACUCUCUGCCAUCUGCCCCCUGCCUUAUGGUGCCACUCUAAAAGAGCAUAUUUCAACUCUCUCCACGUGUUCCACCUGUUUCCUCAACAUGGUAACUGCCUGCAAUAGGGACAAACUCUCUCAAACCUCAACAGCAAAGCCAUUACACGGAGGGCACACACCAUCGCACUUGGCUCCAGACAGCCCCUCAGCCCAUUUUUCUUGACUCCACCUCCAUCUGGUCAAAGAGCCUCAGCCGGGAUAACACAUACCAUCAUGUCAUUUGCUGGUGUGUUGGUAUGGGUGUGCAAAUAUGGACAGAACAUAUAAGAUGCCUUGAGUUAUGCCCUUGCACCAUGUUUAUGCAGCAUUUACACAUGUGAUGAUUUCAAAAAGUCACUGUGACAGAGGCUACAGAGAAUCUAUAUACAACAUGUCCCGGGUUUACAGAAUCAUUAGUUUAUUUGCCAAGCUUGCAUGUGGCUUAAUGAAAAUGAACUCAUACAAGCUGAUUUGUGAAUCUGGCUUUGCUCAAAAACUCUCUUCAAACAAUUCUGUACAUCUAGUUACAUUGAUCUAGGGUGUUUGAAUAUACUUGCUCCUGCUGUUGAGUUUUAUGGCAACAGCAGGACUUCAGAACCAAUGUACAUUAACAUGAAGCUGAAAUUAUUGUUUUAAAUGAAAGGAAGAACUGCGACAAAAAUGCAAAAUCAGCCACAUGAACAGCAACACACAAAUACAAAGGAUAGGUGCAAAUGAAAAAUGCUACAAAUCAGUAUGUGACAACUCAACUUUCCAAGGCAAGCUCAGAGGAAGAGUUUAUUAGUAAUGGGAAAAGUUUUUUGCAAAGCUUUUCUUUGCUCAUUCUCGACCUAACUUAUGACAACACUCAGUGUAUCUAAACUUUGGUAUGACUAGCCACCACUCAGAGACAGGUUCUCAGUCAAAAUUGUGUUGCUAUCUUAUAACACUGUUUUUGCACAUUGGUCAGUGGGGUCCGGUCCUCAGAGACAGUUCUCUUGCAGUAUUGUUACUGAUAAAAAGAAAAAGAAAAAAAAUAAUAAUAAUAGUAGUUAUAAUUUCCCAGUCUAACUCAUUCUCUCUUGUCAAUAACAAACUGAUUGAAACUGUUGUACAGUGUCCCCUUCAAGCCUGGGGCACACAGGGUUUUACUUUUGCAUGUGUUGAGUAUGUUUUGGAUUUGAACUGUCAGUUUUUGCUGCUGAGAUAAGAUCUUUAUUGUUCAUUCUACACUCACAACAACAGUACAAGGGUGAGUUUUUAUACAACUAACCUUUAACUUUAAAUUCAGCCUUUGAGUACUGGGGCAUGGUCACCUUUAAGUGAUGGCUGAAGGCUGCCUGACUCCAUUUCAGACACUCAACCCUCAGCCAUGAGUUUGCUGUCUUUUAAAAAAAAAAAAAUUCAAUCAGUUUUAUACAGAUGAUGUAGCUGUCUUUGAGGUUUCUGGCCCCAACUGGCUCUCUGCACUACAGCUUUUAGUCGGGGUGAGAUUUUUUCAUUAUUGUGUUUAUGUUCUUGCUCUAGUUGGUAUAUUGCACUCACUACACAGCUUGUUAGCUCCUUCAGUGUUCGCUGUGCUUUUGUUGAUUUUUCAGCCAGUUCACAGGAGCAAGAAUUUUAGUUGGUCCUUUCCUGGAGAAAUUACGGUGACCAGGAGAGGAAAGUUGCAUGUUGUCCGCCUGCUGCUCUCAGAUGGUGGUUUUGGAGAGCAACAGCUGGUCCACUACAAGCUCUUACAGUCACUUCAGGCUGAUUGAAAACAACUGCAGUCAGCAUGAAAACUCACUCUGUGUGAAACCCAGAGGUUAUCUGGCUCUUGGUUUAGCUCAUGAUUUAACCAGGUUUGAUUCUGAAGUAUGAAAAACUUGGUGUUUGGCAAGACUUUCCCACAAAUAUAAAAACCUCUAGCCCCAAUAAAUCAACAUGGCAGAGACCAAGGGUCAAACUUGAGGUUUACAAGUGGAGAAACCAAUAGAUGAUGCCAUUGUGGUCACGUCCAUCAUAUGCAGUCUCCAGUCAGGGCCCAUACACUUUGUUUCCAAUAGUUGCAUGAGGUGUUAAGUACAGACCUACAGUAUACUGAAUCUUAAAGAAUUGACUGAUAAUAUGAACAACUGCAAACUGUGCCAUGCAAAUUCUACUAACUUGUAGUAUCAUGUGCAUUGAAGAUGGGAAGUGGUGAAACUGUAUACUUAAAUUGCAAACAUAUACACCUUUAACACAUGUUUAAAACAUUAAACCCAUGUCAUUCAUCAAAUCUCUGACAGUAAGGCAGAUGGAAAACAGCUAGAAAUUAAACACACAGAUGUGCAGCACAGAACUAUGAUAACUCAAACUAAUCUGAUGUUUUCCUACAUCAAUUAUACAGUUUAAAUCACUGUUUUAUAUCUACACUUUUUUAUCCCUCUUUUAUCCCUCUAAAAUGAAACACAUUUAGUCAAGUGUGCUGUAAUUAAACAAAACCAGCUAACAGAGGAAGAGAAGCCCAGGCUCUGCCCUGUUUGGAUGAGGUGAGUACUUGAACCACUUCCAUGAAAUCUCAUCCUCAGGGGGCAUCUUCAGAGCGCAUACUUGUAUCUGCAUGAAGCAGGUACGGAGACCUGAUAGUGAUGUGGAGUAAACCCCAGCUGUGACAUACAUGAAGUGAUCCAGUCAAGCUUGAAACGAGAACACAGGUCAAUGAGUGAGAACAGUGACUGCUGCAAAGUGGACAUGUCAGCAAUUUAGCCCACUCAGGGCGAUGGAGAGGAUAUCACCCCCCAUGAAAUACAGGUCAGUAGAUAUGAGGCACUUAGAAUUAGGUGCACUUUAGCAAUCAGCCAGAAUGGGCACUGGAAUAUUUAAAAUGUUUAGGAAAAAUAUUAGUACAAGUAGUUAGCCCUGUACUGAUCCCAUUACUUUGAUUUAUGACUUACUGCUGUUGCACUUUCUUUGUAUUAUGGCCCUGUUUAAUGCAGGUACUUUUUCUAUUUAGGAAUGUUACGGUAUUCAUCUCUACUUUCACACACCGAUGACAGUUGUUUCCUUUUUAAUUUCAAGAAGAAACAAAAAAACUGCAUUUCUUCACUUCAGAUGGAACACUUUGCAGUGUUUCCUAUGUCUAACUUUGUCAUUUACCUUCAUCGUCAAAUUUAGGUGGAUACAGCAGAUGAAAAUAGAUAAACAGACAAAUAGAGCCGCAAAUGAAUGAGAGCUGCUGUGCCCUCUCAUGGUGCGACAGUUAGUCAUCUAUUUUGCAUCUUUCCAGAGCUGUCAGUCACACUAUUGGCUUUCUCGCAGCUCUCCUCCUUCACGACAACUCUUGGCAGCUUGAAGUCCUGCCCGGGCCAGAGAGUUUGUGUUUGAGAGAUUGUGCUCCACAUGAUAGAUGCAGAUUUGCUGUUCUCGUAAGAGAGAGAGAAAGACAGAGAGAGAGAGAGAGAGAGAAAGAGAGUGGGGUUGAAUGUCAGAGGGUCGACUCCACAGUGCAGGGAUGCCUGUGUGUUUACAACAUACGUGUGCUGGUCCCCUGGUGUUUAGUUGACAAGUAAGACAAGCAGGUGAGGUUGGAAUUAUUCAACCCGUCUUUGUCUCUAAAGAUUGAGGAAAUAUUCCUCUUGUGUUCACCCCCCUUGUUUUCUUUCUGACUCCAUUACUUGUAGAUUUCUAGACAUAUCAUCAAUCAGGGUUUCUUUAAAAACUGAAUACAUUUGCUUAUAUUGUAUCUCAUGGAUCCAAAGGCUCCAUGUUCGUAUCUUUUAUCACACCUCAAAAUGAACAGAUGAUUGAUAAAGACUGUUGUCAAGCAAAACAACCAAAAAGCUUUGUGUUAAUUUUAAAACAAUGUGGCUAUCAGUCAGUAAAUGAAGCUGCUUUCCCUGUUGGCUGAAUCCGUGUGAGGGCUCUGGGUUUUGUUCUGAAAAAGCAGAGAGCAGCUUUACACCGGCUCACUGGAGCUUAUCUUCAGAUGGCCUUGAACAGAAAAGUGUUUGUUUUAGAACAUUUGGAGACAAAAGCAGAUGAUUUCUUUGUUGAACAUAAUGACAGGCUGACACUGUCAAUGCAUGCUGUCGGUCAGUCCAUAUAUGUACAUCUAACCAUGCAUAGACACACUCUAAAACAAAUAGAGCAUGUGCUGCAGUGCUAAUACUAUAUUUGAAUAUACUUGUGUGCACGACACUGAUUUGUCCCAUUUUAAAUGCACAGUUGAGAAUACAUCCAUGCAGCGACUUAAAGCAUGACGAAAGUGAUGCUGUAAUUAUCAUCCAUCUAUCUGCAAAACAGAAUCUGCAUUUUAAGCACUGUGUUUUCUUCCGAAUUCAUUGUAAUGGGAAGGAGUGUUGAAAUGCAUCAUUAUACAGAGAAAGGCAAUUUUACUGUCUCUAAAGACUCAAAUAGCAGGUACAGAGAAACAAACAGCAAAGCAAUUUGUUCUGGCCUAGCUGUAAAAACGUGCACAGUUUUGAAUUACUUUGCAGCCAAUGCAUCAUAAUGAACUGUACCCAACUCCUCUCAAAAAAGAGAGCUAUUAAAGAGUGUGGAGAAACUCCACGUCAGGAAGUAAUUUGCUUGUAGGGAGCCUGGAAAUUAAUUUUAAAACCUUUGCUUACAGGCCAGAAUUGCUGUUGUUAACUUUGUCUGGCACUGUUCAAGAGGGCUGGGAAAGCAAGCAAGAGUUUAUCUUCAAAAAAUACAAGCAUAACUUGCAGUUAACCCCUCUGUGGAAAUUUAGAAAUUGGUCAAUGGCAUAGCUGUAAACCUUGUUAUAGAAGAACUGCAUAAAAAGAAAACAUGUAGGAAGGUACACUUUAAAGGCAAUAUGUCUGUUUUUGAGAGAAUCUGUUUAUUUAGUACAGCUUUUAAACAACACACCAAUUAUUCAUGUGAGUAUACUUUGUAAACUGUGGAAAAAUAAUCAGUUGAACCUUCAAACUAAACCUAAAAGGUGACUCAGUCUAGUGAAGGGAUGGCUGUUGCCCACACCUUGAAUGAAGUAGUGAAACACUACUCAUCACAUGCCCCUGCACUACUCCAUGUUACUCUCUCCUACAUUAACACCACAUAAGAUGCUUAGUGUUGCAGUGUCUAUGAAAAUGGCACACAGUUUCUGCUACGUUGUAUAUCUGGCUGUUUUAAAAGUCUUGUUGAGCUGAUAUCAAAUAGUAUAAAGUCUGAAUUCUUGCUGUGUAAAUAUAGAAAAUCCUUUUCCCUUCAAAAAGGGACCCUGGAAGUAUUCCUAGUAAAUUCUAUUAGCAGUCACUUUGCCAUGUGGAAGGGUUAAGUGAGCAGAAAUCUCUUAUCACAGUCAGCUGACAUACAGCCUUGCCCACCCGCCUACCCCCUGACCAGCCUCCUGGGAAUCAUACGGUCUCAGUAGAAACCUGACAGUCAGGGUUUGGCUGCCUCUCACCACAUUAAGAAAAAGUACUGUACUUCUUGUGUUUCUAUAGCAACAGUUCUCACUCAUGUCUUCAGGAUACCGAGCAAUGCGGAGAGUGUGAAGGGGAACUGCAAUGACAGACAUACCUGAGCAUUUUAAUUUACUCACAGAGUCUGCUGGUUAAUUAGUAGCAGAUAAAUAUACAGAAAAUUGCAAUAAUGACAGUUAUGAUUUUGUACUAAUAUCUUUGAGUGAUUUCUAUGGACUUUAAACACAUGAUCAGAGCCUCUAGGAAGUUGAAAAGCUCCAUCAAGGCUGUCAGGUGCUAAUAAAAGACCUCAGGGUGACCAUAUCAAUAACAAAGCCGAUACAGGUCAAGAUUGACCGUCAAAGACAGAGAUGACUCAUCUGCAAAUAAUCAGUUGAUCAGCUUAAAGUAAAAGCCGCGUGGCUUUAAAGAAAGUGUUCCACAGGAAUUAACUGCAGUCAGAGUCAGAAAUGCAAACGUCCCCCCUUUGAAAACUCACUCAUUUUAUCUGCAGUGAUUUCUCCUGUUGUAUAAGUGUUCUUGUCCUUGGCUGCAUUUUGUUGCUUUUAAGUAGGCUAAGUCCUUUCUCUUUUGUCAAUCUUCAGUCCUACCCUUCCCUCUCUCACACUCUCUUUUACUCUCAAUCUCUCUCUCUCUUGUUCCUCCUUUCUCUCUUUCUUCCAGGUGUUGAGUGAGCGACAGAGGUGAUGUGAUGGGAGAGCAAGCAGGCAGGAUGGAUCAGAGCAGACAAUCCUCUGCACACUGAAUCAACUGGAUGCCACAGCAUAGAUUUUAGACAGGUAGGACGGAAUUUUUACUCAGUUUUAGGAAACUUUUGCAGUUCAAAAGGAGCAUUUUGAAUAAAAGGGAGAGCAUUGCCAACCUUUCAUUGUCAAAAAUCCUUGAACACGUACUCAGAAUCAGAUAUCUUUGAAUGAAUAAGUUCUUUUAGUCCAUUUUGGUAUGUUCAAGCUAAAGAUUUAAGUAAAUAAGUUCAUGUCUUUGACUGUUCCAGGGGAAACAAUAGGGGUGAAGGUUAAUUCAUCAGGUGAGUUGAAUAGCACUAGAAGGUUAAUCAAUAAAAAUCCAUGCUGAUUAAAACUUGAUUAAACAAAAGAUGUUGAAUCUAAAUGUUUUGUUUUCUGAGAUUAAAAAAAGAUCAAAUUUUCCCUAAACUCCUCUCUGUCUAAUCCACAUCCCUCUCCUUCAUUUUCUAUGCAGAAUGGAUUUCCUCAAUUACACAGAGGGGGUGUUUGCCACAAACACUAGUGGUAAUGACUCACUAGAGACCACUAAACUCCCAUCCAGUAAAGUCCUGCUGACAGUGACACUUUCUAUUGUGGCUAUCCUGACAACAUUCUUCAACUGCCUGGUCAUUACUGCCAUCGCCGUCACUCGCAAGUUGCACCACCCGGCCAACUACCUCAUCUGCUCAUUAGCAGUGACUGACCUGCUGGUGGCUGUGCUGGUCAUGCCCUUCAGUAUCAUGUAUAUCCAGAAGGAGACCUGGGUUAUGGGUCAAGUUAUGUGCACCAUCUGGCUGAGUGUGGAUAUCACCUGUUGCACAUGCUCCAUCUUGCAUCUCGCUGCGAUCGCCAUUGACCGAUACAGGGCCAUUACUGAUGCAGUGGAGUACUCCCGUAAGCGCACAGGGGCCAGAGCUGGAGCCAUGGUGGCAGUGGUUUGGCUCCUGUCCAUACUUGUGUCUCUCCCUCCAUUACUGUGGCGGCACUACAGUGAAGAUGGAGAGCUGGAAGACCAAUGCAUCAUCAUCCAUCAUCACUUGGCCUUCACCUUAUACUCCACCUUUGGAGCAUUUUACAUCCCCCUGCUGCUCAUCCUCAUCCUCUACUAUAAAAUCUACAAGGCUGCUCAGACCCUUUACAUGCGCAGGGAGGCCAGCCGGGCCAGCCGCCACUCGUGUAUGACCAAUGGAAGUAUGAUUCCUUCAUCCUUCCCAGCUGGAGAUGGUGACAUUGAUGGGGGGCCUCGAAGUCCAGAGCCCGUAAGCCCACCUGAAAAGUCUUAUUCUGAACCUUCAACUGAAGAAACCCCACGUGAAAAGGUGCGGGCGUCAGUAAAGGCUUUCAAGUGCAAGACACGCCGGCCUGAGUCGCGCACUGAGUCACGUCGGAGUCAGUUUUACCAGGGACCGCGGAUCUCAGGCUCACGGGAGCGCAAAGCGGCAUCCACGUUAGGUUUGAUUAUUGGAGCCUUUGUCAUCUGUUGGUUGCCGUUCUUUGUCAAGGAGGUGAUCGUCAACACCUGCGGCUCUUGCAGUACUUCAGUGGAGAUGGCUGACUUCCUGACUUGGUUGGGCUACCUUAACUCACUGAUCAACCCCCUCAUCUACACCAUAUUCAACGAGGACUUCAAAAAAGCUUUCCAAAGACUUGUUAGGUGCAGUAGUUACCUCUGAUGGCUACGAUCAUGAAUGACCACACUCACACAUAGUCCCAUGUAACUGGAGGGGACAAAUAAAAGAUAGUCAGAGAUUCCGAACUGCAUUCUGACCCAGUGUUGUUUGGAGAAAAAAGACAGAGAAGAUCAACUUCUGUCUCCAAAUGCUACUCCAGGGUAACGGCCUACAUGGAACCUGCUCUGCAGUGGGCGUUGCUGCAGAAUUCCACACUGAAAUUCCACCAUUAUGUGUGUUCCAUGUAAUGACCUCCUUUAUAGUCCACACUGCUAGCUGAAACACAGAAUAUGUAUAAAAUCUCCACAGCCUAUGAAGAUGUGACUGUCUGUGUGUCUGAUGUUAUGAAGGGACUUUUCUUUGAUUGACUUACACAAUGUUUGUUAAAAAAAAAAAAGGAAAGGAAAUGGUUGUGACUGUGCAUCAAGUCAUGCUUAGCAUUCCAAAAAGUAUCAGAUACAAAUUUGUAGAUUGUUAAAGCUCUGUGUGAGGUGAUGGUUAUGAUACUGAUUUAAUUCUGGAUAUAUUCCCGACCUUCCAUAAAUUUCUUAUCAUACCAGUUUCUAAAUGUUGACAUUGACAGAAUGCCUCCAAUGUAAAGAUAAUAUUUUGAAUCUUGGAGCAAUUUAUUAAAAAAAAAAAGAGUAAUGAUCAAAACAUACAUGUACGGACCAAAAUAAGAAUCCAGCUUUAAAUGUCAAAGUUUCCACUUGAGGGGAAGGCUGGGGUGUUGAAGAUAAAGGUUCUAUGCCACUGCCACUUUAACUAGUGUUUCUGCACAACCUCUUACGUUUCUUUCAUACCGUAUUUAAUUAUUUAUCUGUUGUGGAGCCAUUAAACAGCCCAUCCCAUCUUACUUCAGUGACAUAGCCAGCAUUAGGUUAAUGAAUGUGAAAACCACUGGUGGAGAAAUCCUCAUUACAUUAAUCCCACUCAGUACUUGAAAUAGAACGACUAUUCCUUUACUGCCUCCAAGAGGGCACAUGAAAUGUUGAUAGAAAUGUUGUGGAUGAGUCAAGUGUGAGGGUGUACUGUAUCCCAGAGAGAUAACACAUCGUGUGUAAUAUACUUACAUACAUCACUUACAGUAUGACCAGUAUUUGUAUACUGUUACUUUCUUGUCUCUCAUUGUCUUAAGAAUCAAUAAUAAACAGUCCACAAAUGAGUCAUGACAACCCUUUUUUCAGAGCUCAUAAUGUGAUGUUACUGAUAUGGGAAGAAUGAGUUUUUUUGUGUGUAUGUAGAGAAAGAUGGCAAAUUUAAGUUUACAACUCAGAUGUAAUUGGGGUGAAUAGUGAAUGUUGAUAUUUACCAAAACCUUUUGUGUCAGUUUGUCUAUUAAAUGUGGAUGUUAUUUGUCUCAGUCUGAUAUAAUAGCCCCACCCUGUGGUCAGCAGAAAGACUGCACUCAUCAAACUGGACCUAUUCCCACUAACAUCACUGACAUACACAAUACUAUACACAAUACGACAUAUUUAUCAUUUGGUAUACUGAUCAAAUGAAUAUAAGUACCUUCAGAAAAUAUUCCAAAACAGCAUGUCAAAGAUUUAAAAAGUGCAUGAUUUUAUGGAAGCUGAUAUCAUAUCAACCCCCUUCAUUAUACCCAAAUGUUACCCAACCCACGAGACUGUUCAAGCACUAAGGUUCAAUUUUUUCCCUCUUAAUCUGAAAUGGAUUUGGAAAAUUUAAAAGCCACAUGCUGUCUUUGGAAAAAUCAGAUGAAGAAAAAGUGAUGGAAGAAAGAUGUCCCCCUUAAUCCCAUCAUUAUGAACCACCUUUUAAUUCCUUAUUACAGUUCUUAUGAUCACACCAGAGCUGACAGUAAAGUCUUUCUUUUAAUACACAGGCUCUUCAAUUUACCCAUCAGUCAGGAUCUUCCCCAAAAGGGCCAUACGGGUGGAAGUUCAUGCCAUCCCUCAUUCAUUAAGGCCUCUAUGCAGAAAAACUGAGCAGUAGGCGUUGAACAAGGAUGAUGGAAAGCAGGGCUUCCCACUCAUGAUUCUUGCUGGUUAUAAUCACUGCAUCAACACAUGAAUACCAAGAGUAACCACGAACAGAAACAGAGCCAGGAGCUUUGCAAUGUUGCACAACAGUUUCACCCCUGUAUGAUGAGCAAAUCAAAGCUUCUACAGACUUUGUAAUAAAAAACUGAUAAGUUACAAGAGCAAAGGGCAAAUGCCUGUCUUCAUACAGACUGAGUAGUGCUUCCACAUACCCACUGGGUCCACCUCUUUUUUGACAGGAGCUUGCUUACCUGUCCGUAGCUCACAAACAACUGCAGCAGCAGUAGCAGAGUGUGCACUCCCCAGACAACAUCAGCACAGGCACUGUGGGCACCAACAAAGGCUUCUGCCUUCAUCUGUCAUGCUGAGGAGACAGGAUGCCUACAGCUGAAUCAUCCAGACUUUAAAAGAACUGUCAGUGUUCUCAGGGGUGCAGAUUUUUUGCCCCUAGUGCCUCCUAAAAAUGUACACAGCCAUAAACUACAGGGAUUCUCUGCACAGGGAAAUCUUUCUAGUAAUGACUUUAGAUUGACGCACAAAUUUAAGAGACAAUUGCCAAUUAGGUGAAAUUGACUCUUCAGAUGUAACCCUGGAGCCAAAGAAACACCAGAUUUCACAGAGGUAAUUUUGACAUUAAAUCAAUGAUAAUUAAAUUCCAUUCAGCUGCAUCAAUGUCAGCUCCUGCUACUGUUCAUGUUGGGUCAAAGUCAAUCAUGGGGAACUCCAAGUAACUGUAAGUGUUGUAAGUACAGUAGUAGUGGUUGUAGCUGUGUAUGUGCGUGUGUCUCAAGACAAGAUAAAAGUUAACAUUUAUCUUAUUUAUGAUAUUAUUUAUCAGUGUAUCUUACUUAACCAUGAGCAAGGCACUUUGCAGCAGAAAGAAAGGAAAAACCUUCCUUGAACGGACAGAAACCUCAGGCAGAAUCAGACUCAGGUGUAACAGCCACCUGCCGAGACUGUGUUGGUAUCGGAAAGCGAAGUAGAGGGAGUUGCAGAUCAAGUGAGAUGGAAAGAGACUGAGAGCAACAACAAACAUCAACAACAAAUGUUAACAUCUGCUCUUUGACUUAUGGUUAUAGUGUCAAUAAUAAUGGUAAAAUGAUGUGUUGUAUUUGCUGGAACAACAAAUUAUUUACAGACUGAUCUUGAAAGGAAAAAAGAUCAGUGAGUGUGCAUACCACUUUAUGUCCCCGUUAAUAUGUUCAAGUGAUAUGCACAAACACACACAUCACUCAUGCAUCCCAUACAGCCACCCUCACAAUGUUACAAUCCAAUUUUCAAGAAGCCAUCAGCUCCCUAACCUGCACCAUGCACCCACACCAAAGCAUUCCUGCAAAGAACACAUGUCACGGUCAGGAGUUAAACAAAAGAGGAGGGACCCAAAAUGCAGAGCAAAAAAAGAUUUUUUAAAAGACCGAAAUAAAAAGCAACAAAAACUUACUUUUAACGCUCAACUGAAAAAUUUCCGAAGGCUAAAAAACACAAGAAGAAAACUCCAAAGAACCAAAAAUCACACCAAUAAACAUACCAACUAGGACAGAAGGGAAGACUAUACACACUGGGAAACGAGCAACAGGUGAGGUAGAUGAGACACGGGUGAAACUCAUGAGUGAUUAACAAUGAAGGGAAGACUAGGGAAGUAAAACCAGACAGGAAUCAACUACUACAAAAUAAAACAGGAGAGAAACAGGGUUAAACACGAACUGAAAACUCACAAGGCAGGAUCACAGGAACAAUAGGGAACAGAAACACUAGGGAAAAUACACAGAAUGAACUCAAAUAAAAGGAGGAACAUAUCUGAGCAAAACACAUGACAAAACAGAGGUUAGAAAUAUGAAAUCAAGGUUAUUUUCAAUUGGGUUUAUUUUUUUUAUUAAAUAAAAAUAAUUAAGUGGUGGUGAGAGUUGGAUUUAUUUAUCUGCUUAAGUAUUUCUGUGUAAAAAAGAACCCGUUUGUAUGAAUCUGAGCUUUUAGAGAAGCCCCUCUAUUUUUUAAUACCACUCAUAUGUGGACAUAUAAAUCGGAUAAAAGCAGGAAAACUGUUACAAAGAGCAAAAGACUGCUUGAAAAGAGUUUUCCUUUCAUUGGCACAGCUUAUUUGAUUAAAUUCAGAGGUAGAGGUUGCUGGCAGAGACUAUGGUUGCUAGAUUGAGAAGUCUCUUUCAUACUGUACAGACGGAGUUUAGGUGUUUGUGCGUGCUACAGGCUGAAGUAAGGGCAUUGGCAGCUGCUGUUGAAGAGAGGUUGGAGGUGGAGACGAAGGCAAAAGUCAUCAGUCCUCAGUCAUAAACUGCAAAUGAAGACUGAGACGUGGCUCGAGUUGGAGGUAUGCAAAGCGUGUGUGUGUGUGUGUGUCAUAUUGCAAUGUUAGAAGUAGAGACGGUAACAACCAGACGCUAGAGUUGCAGUGAGCAGCCAAAUGUGUAGGCAAUGGACAACAGGUGGAGUCAGCAUGAAGUAUAGAUGUCUUUCACUUUACAGGCAGAGGAGACUGAUUGUUUCUGUCAGAAGUGGAGGUUGAAGUCAGUUGCUCAUUGUGCUGUAAGAGUUUGCAAGGAGAAGGGUUGGCUAUUAAGGUUGAAAGUGGCUGAAGUUAGAGACACAGGCCACCAGAAUUUGUCAGAGACUUGAGCUGAAGGCAUGGACUGCAGGUAGAUGCAGCUGCAGGUUGUUAGUUGAGGCUUCAGCUGGAGAUAUGGGAGGUAGAUGUCUUACAAAUUAAAUGAAGGAGGUAGCGACGGGUGUUUUCUAACAAACUGCAGGUGGAGACAAAACCUAAGGGUUCAAGGCAGAAGUAGCAGAUAAUUAGUAGUCAGCAGGUAUGUUUGCUGUUAGAGGCUGCAGUUAGGGGUGCUUGGUAGAGACUGUAGUUGAAGGGAUGACUUAUUGCUGUCAGCCACUGGUUUCUGUAGAUGGCAUGGAUAUUAGUUUACUCAUUGUGAUGGUGGAGGAAGAGGCUUCUUGUGUGGUCAGCAGAAAAUGCAUAAUGUUACAGAGGCCAAGGUGGUGUGCAGCAACAGAGGCGGCUGCAGUUGGAGUGGUCACCAUUGGUUUUCCACAAAGGUUGGAAAGGUUUCUCACAAGGAUAGUGUAGGGUGAUACCUAAAUUGUGUUGGCAGAGUUAGAAUGUCGAGCUCAGUCUGCUGUAAGUAGCUGCAGGUAGAGGUAGUGCCUGCUGGUGUUCAGCAGACAUUGGAGCUAAAAGCAUAGACUGCAUUUGCCAGUCUUGUGUUGCUGGUUGAGGUAAAUGCAUGCCAAUGGUAGAAGUUCGAGCUGAAGUUUUUAGAAUCAGUUUUUUUGCAUGAUACUGAUGAAUGUUGAGGCCAGUGUUUACCUGGAGAGGCUGAUGUUGGAGACAGUAACUGGGGUUGUUGGCAAAGGUUUCAGACAGAAUCAGUGCAUCAAACUGCUUGUAGAGGCAGCAGUUGGCAUUCAGUCAAGGUACAAUUUAUAGGCACAGAUUAAUAGUUUUAUUAUGCAGGUGGAGGCAACAGUAGCUUUUAGGCAGAGAUAUAUGUAGAACACACUGGAAGUCUGUCUUUUAUAUUGCACAGGUGGAGCCACUGACUAAUGUUGAAAGUUGCUGGCAUCAACUGAAAUGCCUUCAAUUUAAUUUUUCCUGCACUCAGAAGGGGAGUUUGAUUUGUCUGUACAGAAAACCAAGUUUCUGCCCAAGUUUACUACUAAGGGCUCUAUUUUCAUGUCCGCCGGUGAGGUGAUAGAGGGUGGCGGACCCCGCACAGCCAGUUUGGUAUUUUCGUGGACUGAGACGCACCGAGGUCCGCCAAGCUUGGUGGCGUGGCAGAGGGAGGUAUCAACAGAAUCAGCGGGCGCAGUGACAUUUUCGUGCUCGCUGGUGGCGUGUAAAGUGCACUGAAAGCUCGCCGAUUCAAACCUGGUCAGCAUUCAGCGCAGGUGGAGCACAGCUAGUCUAGUGGUAUUUUGGUAGACCGGCAGCGCAUCAGCAUACUUUACCGAUGCCUCACCGGCAGGUUUCCACAGUGUCAAACACAUUACAGUGCAAUAAAUAAUCAUCAACAACUAAUAAUCUGAGUCAGCACAUACAUUUAGAUCUAUAUAGAUAUAUUCUGAUCUAUAUCUGAUCUGGUGAGCACAUUUGGCACGCGUUUGGACACUCAACCUGACUGAAUCAACACAGCUGAAACCGCAUUAAAUUAAAUUAAAUAUCUAGUAAAUAGACACACAUGAUGAAGUUAACAAGAUUUGUAAUUUGUCUCCCUCCUUUUCUUUCUUCCUUUUCCUCUUAUUUCUUGCGCAGCUUGACCUGGACAUGUCUCCUUGUCCUCUCCCCGUCCUGCUGCAGCUGCUGCGGCGGCAGCUGAACAGAUGAUUUGUUUUAGUGAUCAGAUGAGUAAUCUACUUUAAGCCUACAUACGAAUAUUAUAAUAUUAAGCGGCAGACCUCACUUACGCCGCGCAUGCGCCGCGUGCUAGGCGAGGCACGAAAAUAUGUCCUAAGCAUAGACUGUAUAUACUAUUGACAACUUGGUUCCGCCUACCGCCUGUAUACGGAUUUGAAGCCAAAAAGCUCACGAUAUUUCCCAGAUUUUUCCCUCAUUUCCUGAAACCAUGUGCGAUGCGCGCAUUCGGCCGCACAGUCGCCGAGAGUUUCUGUGAUGACGCUCGGCACAAACAGCGUAUCCCCCGGAUGAGCUACGCAAUCCCUGAACGUCCAUAGGCUGUAUGAAGUGUCAAUCAUAGAAAACAUGAACCUCCUAAUAACUUUUAAAAAUGGAGCUGUACAGAAAAAAGAGGACUUGAGCACAGACCAGUAUGUCAACAUCACAACCAGGGGGGAGAAAAAUGUAUGUUCUGUGUAAUAAAUUUCUGAUGUUUGUCCACAGCCCCAUAAGCUUUGCUGGCGGAGGUGGGGUUUAUGACCUAUACUGCAGCCCAUCAACAGAGGGUGCUGUUUUCGGAGUGGCUUCACCCAGCAAGGAGGCAGACUCUGUCCAUUCUAUAUUCAGUCUAUGGCCCUAAGAGUCUAAAUAUGGUGCUUAAAUGAGAACGAUUCAUUCAGGCAAAUAUCAAGAUAUUUAUUUUCUUAAACCCUUUCAAUACUGUUAUCACUGAGUGUGGAUAUUUGAAGGCUGUUAAAGUCUACAUCUCUAGCUCUGAAGAAGAUGAUAAAAAAAAAAUCAAUUUGCUUAUGUUUAGAACGAUCUUAAGAGUACUAAAAGCAUUUUGGAGAUGAUUUUACUAUUAAAUGUACUGCAGCAUGUCAUCUACCAGAGCAUGGUACAGCUGUUUGUACUCUUUCACUUAGUGGUGGUGGAUUAUCGGUGGACUUUCACUAAGCAGUUGACCUGUAGAGGGCUGGGAAAUGGGCAGCAUGGAGGAGAUUGGCUGCAGCUCAGCCAGUGGAAUAGUGGACUGAGGCCUCUGGACCAAAGGAAGAAUGUCAGCAACAUGAGAGCUGAGGACCAACAUAUGGGGUCAGCUAUGCACUGGACUUUAGAGGACGGACAGCAGAAGUCCACUUUUCUCUUUUUGGACAGUCUAUUAGCAGGGGCUGAGUGAUGGAAGUCUAUGAAGUCUAAAAUAACUUGAGAUCACUUUUUUAUACCAUCUCCUCUCCUCUUCUUUCCUCUCCAUGGUCUUUCUGUCCUUUCCUGUCCUACAAAGAGGAAGAAAGGAAAGCAGAAUUAAAAAAAAAAUAAUAAUAAUAUCUUUUUGCUCUCUGUGUCUUAUAUUCUUGUUCUGGUUGUCACUUUCAUUAUUCACGUUGUCUUAAAAAUACCUAACCCUUAAAAGAUUUAUCAUUUAAACGCUUCACUAAUCACAACUACACCAAAAUUUAACUAAUUAAAUAUCAUCUGAGAUACUUCCCCUUCCUCUCCUCUCCUCUCUAUUAUUAUUGUUAUUAAAAAAUAAUCUCUUGAGUAUUUUUUUAUAUUAUUGAUAUAAAGGACAAAAAACAUGUAACUGCAUGUUCUUUACAUGUAACUCGUAACUUAUUUACCUUUCCGUAUGAAAGAUCACAUUCACAUCAUCCUCUGACUACAUCCUCUUUACUCUUCCUCCUCUG